GAUGAUUGGGAAGACUGGAGUGGGGAAAAGUGCUGUUGGAAACACCAUUUUGGGCAAAAACAUAUUCAAAUCUCAUCCCAGCGCUAACUCUGUGACUGGGACUUGUGAAAAGCAUCAACUUCAAGAGAGUGAUAGGAGGAUUUAUGUGGUGGAUACACCAGGGAUUUUCGAUAUAGUCCUACAGUCUGAAGAUAUCAAAAAUGAGAUAGUGAAGUGUAUUCAGGUGUCAAGCCCUGGUCCUCACGUCUUCCUGCUGGUGAUUCAGGUAGGCAGAUUCACCAAAGAUGAUCAGAAUUCAGUUGAAGCCCUGGUGGAAAUCUUUGGACCAAAGGCCUCCAAUCACAUGAUUGUACUGUUUACUCAUAAGGAUGAACUUCAGGGUCAAACAAUACAAGAAUAUGUACGCACCUGUCAUCCAAAGCUUCAAGAAGUGAUUCAACGAUGUGGCAACAGAUUCCAUGUUUUCAACAACAAAGAUGGGAAUAGAAGUCAAGUUGUUGAGCUGAUCAAGAAGAUUGAUGACAUGGUGGCAGGAAAUGGAGGAAAGCACUUCUCUGAGAAAAUGUAUCAGGAGGCAGAGAGAAUUGGCAGAGCUCCAAACAUAUGAAGUCACAUUCCUUGAUGAAUUGCAGCAGAGUCAUUAAAUUUUAAACAAAUACUUGAUUUAGAAGAUGACUAAUAAUUAAGCAUAGCUGUGGCUAUUUCCUCUCCACGAGGAACACAAUCUAUGACUACUAACACUGAAUCAUGAUAUCUUUACCAUAUAGCCUACUGUAGUAUAACAUAUAUAGUAGUAGUAUAGUAGUUCAGUAGAAAUCUCUCCUCUAAUAAACAUUUUUCUUUAUUAUUUGAGAUGAACAUUAGUUAAAAUGUCAUGCUAUGUAUUAAGAUUCUGAAUGUUGUGAAUACAACAUGAAGAGAAAAGUGAAAAUUAACUGUGGUAUGAUAUGCUGAUUGAGCCCUAAAUUUACGGUAACACUCAAAUUAAGUCAUGGUGGCAUGAAAUUCGAGCAUAAUCUCACCCCCUCCCAAAAAAUUUUUUGUUUUGUUUAUUGUUUCACCUAAUCAGAUACACUGUCAUGAACAUGCCAAAUUGGUUAAUAAUAAGGCAUACAAUGCUAUACUGAACAAAAAUAUAAAUGGAACAAUUUCAACAAUUUUACUCAAUUACAGUUCAUAUAAGGAAAUCAGUCAAUUGAAAUGAAUUCAUUAGGCCCUAAUCUAUAGAUUUCACAUGACUGGGCAGGGGCACAGUACUGCACUUACACAAAUGACUGAGGAUUGGUUGAAAUAAAUUCAUAGAAAGAAGAUUGUGGGAGCUGUACUGUUCAUUUUUAGUGCAGCCUUUGAUAUUACUGACCAUAACCUGUUGUUGAGAACUUAUGUUUUAUGGCUUUUCAACCUCUGCCAUAUCGUGAAUUCAGAGCUAUCUAUCUAAUAGAACUCAGACUCUUUAAUGGAGCCUCUCUAAUGUCAAACAUGCAGGAUGUGGUGUACCACAGGGCAUCUGUCUAGGCCCUCCACUCUUUUCUGUUUUUACCAAUGACCUGCCACUGGCAUUAAACAAAGCCUGUGUGCCCAUGUAUGCUAAUGAUUCAACAACAUACGUGUCAGCAACCACAGCUAAUGAAGUUACUGAAAUCCUUUACAAAGAGUUGCAGUCAGUUCUGGAAUGGUUGGCCAGUAAUGAACUGGUCUCUGAAACUAAGAGCAUUGUAUUUGGUACAAAUCAUUCCCUAAGUUCUAGACCUCACUUCAGCUGAAUCUGGAAUGAAUGGUGUGGCUGUGGAACAAGUUGACGAGACUAAAUUACUUAUUGUUACCUUAGAUUGUAUACUGUCAUCAUUAAAACAUAUAUAUUCAUUGGUUGGGGAGAGGUCUGUCAAUAGUAAAUAGAUUCAUUUUGACACCACACUCCAAAAGCAAGUGCACGCUUUAGUUUUGUCUUAACUUGAUUAUUGUCCAGCCAUGUGGUCAAGUGCUGCAAAGAAAGACCUAGUUAAGCUGUAGUUGUCCCAGAACAGAACGUCUUGCUCUUCAUUGUAAUCAGAGGUAUAAUAUAAAUACUAUGCAUGCCAGUCUCGCUUUGCUAAGAGUUGAUGAGAGUGAAUGCAUCAAAAAACAUGAAUGUGUUGAAAAUUAAAAAUUGUUUGCAUAGUCAACGUACACACAGCUCUGACACACCAUACCAGACAUGCCACCAGGGGUCUUUUCACAGUCCCCAAAUUCAGAACUGUUCUGUGUCCUGUUCUGUGUUCUGUGUUCUGUGUUCUGUGUGGACCCCAAGAAAAUAGCUGCUGCUUUCGCAAAAGCUAAUGGGAAUCCUAAUAAAAUACCAAAAUACCAAUUAAAAGGUGUAAUAAGACAAUGUAUAAACAAAAAAAUGGUUGUUGGUCUAUUUUAAGUAAGCAUUUAAAUUAAUUGUGAGCAGUGUAACUCCAGAUGAACAACUAUAAAGUUUGAAAAUCACUACUAUGGUUUGUCAAUUCAUAUACAUGUACAGGCUACACAUUAUCCAAUAGCAUACCUUUGAUAAAAAUGUAAAAUUACAAACUGAGGUUGAAGAGAAAGUUUUUAAAAUAUUAA